CUCCCGACAGUACCUGAAGGCAGCAUUGGGUUUGGGCAACACCUCAAACGCCUGCAAGAUGCUAAAGGAAGAUACGUUGUUUUUGCGUUUACAUGAAGAACAACACGUCCUGAAAAACUGUGUAUAAUAUAUCCGAGUCAAAAUGGGUGAAGAAGCUAAGAUGCGAACCAGAUGCCAUCUUUUAGACCUGCCCUGGGAAGAUGUACUUGUUCCACACAUUUUAUGCUAUUUGCCGCUGCAACACCUGGUCAGCCUGCAGAGGGUGAGCAAGCAGUUCCACAGCCUCAUCCAGGUGUAUCUGGCCAACUGCAGGACUUUCGAUCUGUCCCCGAUUGGACCAUGCAUUCCCAAGGAAGCAUUUUGCUCCAUGUUAAAGGACAACAAAGUUCUCCAGAGCCUGUCACUUCAGAACUGUUCAGACUGGGUGACAGACAAGGAGCUGCUGCCAGUUUUUGGCCAGAACCAGCAUCUGCAGAGAGUGGACAUGAGCGGGUGUGCUUGGCUCACCCGCCACUCCCUGGUGGCCGUGUCCUUGAGCUGCACGCACCUCCAGCACCUUGGCCUGGCGCACUGCGAGUGGGUGGACAGCCUGUCCCUGCGCAGCCUGGCUGACCACUGCGGGGGGCUGCAGUCGAUCGACCUCACAGCCUGCCGCCAGCUCAAGGACGACGCCAUCUGCUACCUGGCCAAGAAGUGUUUGAAGUUGAGGUCUCUAUCUUUGGCAGUCAAUGCCAACGUCACUGACGAGUCAGUGGAGGAGGUGGCCAAAAACUGCAGGGGCCUGGAGCAGCUGGACCUGACAGGUUGCCUAAGGGUCAGGAACCAGUCCAUCAGGACUCUUGCAGAGUACUGCCCAAAGCUGCAGUCCCUGAAGGUGAAUCACUGCCACAAUGUGACAGAGUCGAGUCUCGAUCCUCUACGGAAGCGCAAUGUUGUGAUAGACGUUGAGCCGCCCUUACAGAGGGCUCUGGUACUUCUUCAGGAUGUGCUGGGGUUCGCUCCCUUUAUCAAUCUCCAGAUAUAACCAAAGGGCCAUCUGUCUGCCCAACACAGUUAUCUUCAUAACUGCAAUCACUCUCAGCUGCGUCACAUGGGCACAGGAGUUGCUCUGAAUAUGUCAAGACAAUCCAGGAAGAUCUGGAUGUGUUGCGCUCACGUUUGUGCAGCUAAAUAAUGUGGACAAAAAAAAAAAAAAAACCUCACUGGGAUAUGAUCAAAGAUUCAUAUUUAAGAUGGAACUGAAAAUAAUACCACAUCUGUAAAUGACUGAAGAAAGCCAUGUACUUUUAAGAAUUGCUGCCUCAUAUCCAAAAGAUGUCACUGCACUUUUUCUAAAUCAUUCGGUGUUGUAGAAAAGCAAUUCUAACCAAAGUACGGUGUAUUAUUUUUGUUGGUACUUUGUGUGUGUAUCAUAUUGCAAAAAGCAGUUAUGUUUCAUUUAGAAACAUUUAAACACGUUUGAGUUUAAUUAAACAUUUCAUUUUGCAUGUAUGUGUGCCUACUUAAAAGAUCAGUUCACCCAAUUCCCCACCAAACAUUUUCUCACUUACCACUAGUUUUGUGUAGCCUUUGGUUGUAUUUGUUAUUUCCACUACUGAGACUUCUGCCUGCCAUCACUGCUGACCAUGUGUCUUCCAGAAACAAUGUCCUGGAUCCUCAGGAUAAUCCACAGACCUCAUUGUCAACACUUUUUUAACAGUUACCCCCUGAAAACAGUCGUUACACUAAAACUAUCUGUACGGCUAGAUGCUACUGGGAAUGUUUUUGUUUUUUUUGGUAUGGGUGAAGCAACCCUUAAAUCUACAUUGUUAAUAACAGCAUAGUUGUAUAGCCAAGUACGUGUUUGAAAUAAGUAUAGGAAUUUAUUAUGACUGUUUUCUUUUAAGCCUUUGAAAUGAAUUUUGUAAAAAAAAAAAAAAAGUACCUGUGUUGAAAUACUGUUUUCCCUGUAGCACAGAAUAUGAAUUAUAUAAGAAGUAUUAAAUUGUGUAAUACAACACCAUCAGAAA